AUUUAGUACACAAUAGAUAGUUUAUCAGAUUAAAUACAAUAGUUAAUAUGAAUAAAGUAAUUAUCACAAUCUUUUGCGGCUUUAUUAUGGCAAUUUACGCUGAAAGACCUAGCUGGUAUCCAGAAAAUGAUACAGAAGUAAAUAAUCAAUGUUAUGAAGAAAAUCAAUUAGAACCCGGGUUUAUUGCGGAUUCUUCAACAUUCGAUGAGUUGACUUCAAAUAAAAAUGUACAAGAAGCUUUUCUCUGCUAUGGCAAACGUUUUAAUUUUUACAGCGAGGACACUGGUAUAGAUAUAGAACGAAUGGUCUAUAGUAUUUAUAAAAGAGAGAGGGAUUGUAAAAAACCCGUAGCACAGGAGUGUGUUGACAAAUUUAAAGACGUCGACGCUGCCGGAGAAAUGAUUCUAAAAGUGAUCCAUUGUACUAUUUUGCACGUAGACACUAGUAAAGAUUGUUAAGAUGUUCUGUAAAUUGAUAUACAAAUUUUUUUUUUUAUUGUUUUUUAUUAUUACUCAUAGGAAUUAUUGUAUUUUCUUUAGACAAUACAUAUAAAUUUCUUAUCAGCUAAUCCACGUUUUAGUAUUUCCAUUCUAACACUUUGAUAUCUGGUCUAGCAAUAAAAUAUAAGUCUAUAUAUUGAUUUUUCCC